GUUAAAGGCCCCCAAAACAUGCACACAUGAAAAGGGCAAAAAGUAACCGUCCUUGACAGGCAGUCUUAACUAGAGAAGGAAACGGGACUAAACUGGCGGGCUCCGUGGAAGCGCGGCCGGCAGCGUCCCGGACGAGGAGAUGUCUUUGGUGGACUUGGGAAAGAGGUUGCUAGAGGCAGCAAGAAAAGGCCAAGAUGAUGAAGUGAGAACAUUGAUGGCAAACGGCGCCCCAUUCACCACAGACUGGCUUGGAACAUCACCCCUCCACCUUGCAGCUCAGUAUGGUCAUUAUUCCACAGCAGAAGUACUCCUUCGAGCAGGUGUUAGCAGGGAUGCCCGGACUAAAGUAGACAGGACACCCUUGCACAUGGCUGCUGCGGAUGGACAUGCACACAUCGUGGAACUGCUUGUUCGGAACGGUGCAGAUGUGAAUGCCAAGGACAUGCUGAAGAUGACAGCUUUGCACUGGGCCACAGAGCGCCACCAUCGAGAUGUUGUAGAGUUACUUAUCAAAUAUGGAGCUGAUGUCCAUGCUUUCAGCAAAUUUGAUAAAUCUGCCUUUGACAUAGCUCUGGAGAAAAACAAUGCUGAGAUUUUGGUCAUCCUCCAGGAAGCAAUGCAGAAUCAGGUGAAUGUUAAUCCAGAGAGAGCCAACCCUGUGACUGACCCUGUGACUAUGGCUGCUCCAUUCAUCUUCACAUCGGGAGAGGUUGUUAACCUCGCAAGCUUUGUUUCUUCAGCCAACACCAAAACAACCUCAGGUGACCCCCAUACCUCAACAGUACAGUUUUCAAAUUCUACCACCUCAGUGCUGGCUACCCUUGCAGCUCUUGCUGAGGCAUCUGUCCCCUUCUCCAACUCACACAAAGCCACAGCCAAUUCAGAGGAAAUUAUAGAGGGAAAUUCUGUUGACUCAUCAAUUCAGCAAGUAAUGGGGAGUGGAGGCCAGAGGGUCAUCACCAUAGUAACUGAUGGAGUCCCUCUGGGUAAUAUCCAAACUUCAAUCCCUACUGGAGGCAUUGGCCAGCCAUUUAUUGUAACUAUGCAAGAUGGACAGCAAGUUCUAACUGUACCUGCUGGUCAGGUUGCAGAGGAGACUGUAAUUAAAGAGGAAGAAGAAGAGAAGUUGCCACUAACAAAGAAACCAAGGAUAGGAGAGAUGACAAACAGUGUGGAGGAAAGCAAGGAAGGCAAUGAAAGAGAGCUACUACAGCAACAACUCCUGGAGGCCAAUCGAAGAGCCCAGGAAUACCGACACCAGCUCCUAAAGAAAGAGCAGGAGGCAGAACAGUACCGUCUUAAGCUGGAGGCCAUAGCCCGACAGCAGCCCAGUGGAGUUGAUUUUACCAUGGUUGAAGAGGUGGCUGAGACCUCCAGAGCUGGAAAAUUUGAGGCACUUACUGAACUCUUCCUGAAAGUUUCAUGUGGAGUGGGAAUCAGUUUUUGUCCUAAUUUAUUAGAGAAGGCUUCCUCUUCUCUACUCCUUGUGCAGACCCAUCUCUGGAUGGCUAGAAAAGGAGCUUCAGAAUGGACUAUAUGUCAUGACCACCUGUAUGCACUCUAGGCUCUCAUCUGUCUCUAUUUUAUGUGGUGACUAUGUCCCCCUUCUGAGUAGUACUCUUAUUUCCUAUGCCAUUUUUUUUUUUUUUUUAGUCUCUGAUGCUGCCCUUUGUAAAUUUUUAUUUUAUUUUUUAGCCUCUUUAGUAUUAGGGGGUGAGGUGACAUUCCUAGACUCUACAGUAGCAGUUUGGCAUGUUAGUGGCAGGAAAUUGUGAUUCCCUAUACCCCCCUCCCCCUACCUUUUCUGCUUUAGUGAUUCUAUUGUUCCUCUCUCAUUGAGGCUUUCCCAGGCACCUGAAUUUAGUUAGUAGGUCAUUUCUAAUGUUUGGGGCUUGUCUUUUCUCUCUCCAUUCCCCUCCUUCUCUACCCCAUAUUUUUUGUUUAUUCUGAGGUGGUUUGUUUCUGAAAGUUAAUCUAGGUCACCUUCUAUAUCCUGUGCUUCCUAGUUGGCUUUAGACAUCUUGUUAUAGCAACAAUGAUGGUAGCAGCUCUGUCCCUGGCUUUGCCGCAUGUGCUGUCCUUCUGUCAAGGCCAUUUGUGUGUGUACUGGAGCAGGUGUUUGUUGGGGGGAUGCGCCCAGACUAUUCUCACAAUGUCCUCAGUUUUUCAGGUUGUCUGACAGCUUUAUGUACAGCAUAUUUUUAGAAAAACUUAAAUAUACUUCUUUAUUUAGAAUAGGGUUUUAUUCUGAUGAGCAAGUUUGUGUGUAUAUGUGUGUAUGAGCAUUUGUAUGUAUAUAUACUUAUACAGAUCUAUAUUAUAUAUGCAGUUUUUGUACUAUCAUUUAAAAUAAAAAUAUUUCUCAAUAAAAUGUCAGAGCUGACCA